CUAUUUCACCAAUUCUAACUCUGAUAUAGUGGUUAAAUAUUUUUUCUUUCCCGAUAAAAAUUUAAUUCCCAUUACCUAAAAAGAAUUAGUUUUACCUCCUUUACCUAUAAUAAUUUUCCAACUUCAUUCCGGAUAAAAAAAUUAAAAUGGUAAUGAUAAUAGAAUUAUAUCACAUCAUUAACACAUCAUAAGAUACUUUGAGUGUUAAACAAUCGACUGAUAGUUGAUAGUCAACAAAUAAUAGUUGAUUGUAAUAGUUAAUUUGACUAGUUAAUUUAAUCAUAAUGUUAAAAGUUGCUAUUUAAAAAUUAUUAAUAAAAAAACUAUUUUAACCUACUAAUUCAUCAAAUAGGGAUUUGAAAAUUUUAUUUUGAAAAAAUUAAGGGAUAUUAUUAAUAAUACCCCUGUGUUAUUACACUUUAUCAAUGGUACUCCUGUGUUUUUUUUAUUUCCAAUGGUACCCCCAACUAUCUUGCUAAUUACAACGGUGACACUUUUUAAUUUUUUCCGUUAAGUUGCCGUUAAAUCUCAAAUUUGACCCAACCAUAAUUAAUUUCUUCUUCUUCUUCCCUUUUCCCUUUCCUCUUCUUGCUCUCCUUCUAUAGCUGCUUCAAAUAUUUCUGGCUCUCUUAAAUCUUUCUCUCUUUGCUCUUCUUCAUUUUCAGAAAUUGACCUAUCUCAAAACUCUGUUUCUGGGUCUUUCCUUGAUUUAUCAAAGUUUUCUUCUUGUUCUCUCUUAUCAAGCCUGAAUAUUUCCUUCAAUUUAUUGGAUUCUUCCAAAAAUUUAAAAGUGGCUCAUUUGGGCUUUCUCUCAAAACAUUAAAUGUUAUUAUGAAUUAUUUAUUUGGGCAACAAGUUCUUCAUUAUCAAGCCUGAAUAUUUCCUUCAAUUUAAAGUUUUUGAAUCUUUCUUCCAAUAAUAUCUCAAUUUCCAUUCCUAAUUUUGAAAAAAUUUUCCAAAUUUAAAAUAUCUUAACAUAUCAGUGAUCUUCCAUAGUUCUUCUCUAAACUCUAAAUGGAUUGAUACAUCUCUUUCAUUAUAAAUUAACCCAAAACUUUGAAGGAGAAAUCUUAUACUUUGAAAAUCUUCAAAUGUUUUUCUUAUCCCUCUUAAGUUUGUUGUGUAGAAUAUAACUGAAUUACUUCCCCCUAGAGGACAUUUUUCUUCGAAUUCGGUUAAUGUUCGUGAUUUUCCUGUUCUUCAUCUUCUUCGAAUUCUUUGAUGAGCUGAUCUACAUCGAUUACCUCGGGUUUUUCGAAUUUUGGUCUAUGGGAACAAUUCAAUUUUGUUUGAGAUUUGGAAGUGAAAUUGUCUACAAAAUUAUACGAUUUUGUUUGAAAUUUGGAAGUGCAAUUGUCUACAAAAUUAUACUUCAAUUGAAAAGUAUCAACAAACCUAUCAAAAUUACUAACCUGAAGAAUUCGAUCUGGUUUCAAAUAACCAAUUUGCUUGACUGAUUUGAGCUUCUUCAAGAACUUCAAUGGAGGUUGUUCACAAGAGGAAGAACCAUGGGUCAAAUUCGAGAUUUAACAUUUAACAGAAAAAAGUUAAAAAGUGUUACAGUUGUAAUUAGCAAGAUAGUUUGAGGUACCAUUAAAAUAAAAAAAAAAGCGUGCAACACAGGGCUACUAUUCUUAAUAUCCCAAAAAUUAAAUCAAAGUCCCAUUGGUGAUUGCCCUACCCAACCUUCUUGUUAUGAUCUUCUUACAAGAACAACCAUUUUCUUCUCAACAGCAUAGCUCAAUCAUCUAGCCAUACAAUCAUUCUCCAAAUGCUGAAAUACUCCCCCAUCAAAUUAUUCCACUAUCAGACCCAUUUCCGGCGCUUGAUACACUGGUCUCCAAUCAACGAAACCAAGCUCAAUCAACCUGAAUUAAUCUCUCGUUUGUGUCGUUUCUUGGUUCUUCGUCGCUUUGAUUCCGUCGCAAAACUACCCAUUAAGUUCUCCGACGAUAUCGUCAUCGACAUUCUUCAAAACCUUCGCUUAAACCCCGAAGCUUGUCUUGGGUUUUUCAGGUUAGCACUAAAACAACAAAAAUAUGCUCCUAAUUUCAAGUCUUAUUGUAGAAUUGUUCAUAUUUUGUCAAGGGCAAGACUUUUUGAUGAUACUAGACUUUAUUUAAAUCAUCUUGUUGAUGUUUGUGCAAAUACCCAUUUACCUAUUUGUGUUGUUUGGGAUGAAUUAGUUAGGGUUUAUAAAGAAUUUAAAUUUUCUCCUACUGUUUUUGAUAUGAUUUUGAAGGUAUAUGCUGAAAAGGGCUUUUCUAAUGAUGCCCUUUUUGUGUUUGAUAAUAUGGGUAAGCUUGGUAGUUAUCUUAGCUUGAGAUCUUGUAAUAGUUUGUUGAAUUGUUUGGUUAAAAAGGGUCAAUUUGAUAUGACUGUUUAUGUUUAUCGUCAGAUGAUUGAGAUUGGAAUCAACCCAGAUGUUUUUAUGUUUAGUUUAGUUGUAAAUGCAUAUUGUAAAAACGGUGAAGUAGGAAAAGCUGUUGACUUGAUUAAGGAAAUGGAGCAUAUGGGUUUAGAACCGAAUGCCGUGACAUAUCAUAGUUUGAUGAAUGGAUAUGUUAACAAAGGAGAUGUGAUUGGGGCUAAAGGGGUUGUAGAAUUGAUGGAGAAAAAGGAAAUAUGUCGAAACAAGGUCACAUAUACCCUUUUGAUGAAGGGUUAUUGCAAACAAAGUAAUGUGAGGGAAGCGGAGAGUUUGUUAUUUGAAAAGAAGGAAUUGAUGUUGGAUGCUCAUGCUUAUGGGAUUCUUAUUGAUGCUUAUUGCCGGUUGAAAAAAAUGGAUGAUGCUAUAAGAAUUCGAGAUGCUAUGUUAGGAUCUGGUUUGAAAAUGAAUCUAGUUAUUUGUAACUCGUUGAUAAAUGGUUAUUGCAAAAUUGGGCAAAUUAACCAAGCCGAGUCAGUAGUUUUACAAAUGGAGGACUGGGGUUUGAAGCCAGAUUGUUACAGUUUUAGUACUUUGAUAAAUGGUUAUUGUAGAGAAGGUCGUAUUCAUGAGGCUUUUAUUAUUUUUGAUAAGAUGGUAAGUUCUGAGGUUCUGCCAACUGUUGUUACAUAUAAUAUUCUUCUCAAGGGCUUAUGUCGUGAAGGAGCACUAGAUGAUGCGUUGCAUGUAUGGCGUUUAAUGCUGAAAAGAGGAGUGAUACCAAAUGAGAUUGGACAUUGCACUUUGCUUGAUGGUUUCUUAAAAACGGGAAGGUUGGAUGAGGCUUUUAGAUUAUGGAAAAGUAUUUUAGCUAGGGGUUUAGCCAAAAAUAGUAUUACCUUCAAUACUAUGUUAAAUGGCCUAUGCAAGAUGGGGAAAAUGGCUGAAGCUGAGGUGAUUUUCCAAAAGAUGAAAGAUCUUGGGUGUUCUGCUGAUGAGAUGACAUUUAGAAUACUUAAUGAUGGCUAUUGCAGAAUUGGACAUGUUGAUAAAGGUUUUUUGAUCAAAGAUAUGAUGGAAAGAAGUGCAAUUUCCCCAUCUAUUGAAGUUUACAAUUCUCUUAUCAAUGGGCUUUUCAAAUGUGGGAAGUCAUCUAGGGUUUCAGGUCUUGUUACCGAAUUGCAUGAAAGGGGUAUUUUCCCGACUAUUGUCACCUAUGGAGCCCAGAUUGCUGGUUGGUGUAGACUAGGAAAGAUUGAUAAAGCGCUGAGUGUGUAUGAGAAGAUGCUGAAGAAGGGUUUCACACCAAACAUAGUUAUUUGCUGUUCGUUGGUGAGUGGACUUUACAAGCUUGGUAAGAUCGAUGAAGCAAAUAUAUGGCUGCAGAAAAUGGUCAACUUAGUUUUUCCGAGUUGUGGAUCAUCCGAGGAAUUCGGAUCAGAUGUAAGCAACCUCAACGCGCUUGAUAUGAUUUAUAAUAUCGACACGAGUUUUAAGAAUUUACUUCCUAAUAUGAUAAUCUAUAAUUUGGCGUUAUCUGGUCUUUGCAAAUCGGGGAAGUUAAAUGAUGCGAUGAGGAUGUUCUCGACAUUAUUGAAAAGAGGGUUUGUACCAGAUAAUUUUACAUAUUGUACCCUUAUCCAUGGACACUGCAUGGCUGGUAAUGUCGCUGAAGCGUUUCAAUUACGUGACCACAUGAUAGAAAAGGGUUUAAGUCCCAACAUUGCCAUCUAUAAUGCUCUUAUCAAUGGCCUUUGCAAGUUGAACCAUCUAGAUCGUGCAACAAGACUUUUUUAUAAACUUAAACGAAAGGGCUUAUUUCCAAAUGUUGUAACCUAUAACAUUUUGAUUAACGGGUACUGUAAUUGUGGUAAUACAACCGAAGCCAUAAAGCUCAAGCAAAAAAUGGUGGAAGAAGGCAUUAUUCCUUCUGUUGUCACCUAUUCGACCUUAAUUAGCGGUUUAUGCAAGACUGGAGAUAUGGAGAAAGCAUCCGAGCUUUUGGAACAUAUGGCUAAUGUGGAUGUAGAUGCCGAGGGUAAGACUUAUUGUACUUUGGCUUUGGCUCAUGUGAAGAAUCGUGAUUCUGAGAAGAUCGUGGAACUUUACAAUGAAAUACAAAACAAACUCCAUUUUCCUUGCAUCGAGUAUGCAAAGGAAAACGGAUCAGUGGAAUCCUUCAGUCUUGAAAACAUCCAAGAUUCAAGAGUUACAUUAGAGGUUGUUUGUUACUAAUCUACGAGAGAUUGAAACGACAACAACUGCAUAUCAAGAUUUUCAGAUCCCACAUGAGGUCGCCAUAUCGUCUUCUCUGACCAUACUCACGGCAUGACAAGAUCUCGAUUGUAUUCGAUACGCAGAUGAAGCUUUCGGGUGCCCAUUUCCAAAUUGACGCGUCGGCCAUCUUAAAUUGUCCCUGGGAUCUUUAUUUCAAAAAAUGUGGAACUCGAAUUACAAGUUGAAGUUUCAAUAAUUUGGUGAAAAAUAGUGCUUUAAGCUGUUUCAAGGCAUAAAAUGUCAGCAAGGGGUUAUAUUUCUAUACAGUGCCGUGCAAUUUAGCGAGCUAUGGAAGUUAUGAAGAUAGCUGGAAGCUUUUUCUCAAGCCGGGGUUGUCAUAAACCGACACAGUGUUCAUGUCAUCAGCUGGAGCUUGAGCAAAUCAUUCAUUACUACCAAAUGUGUUGGAAGUUCAAGGUUGAGCAGACAGGCACAGUAGAGCCACUUGAAGAAAGAUCAUCCAUGUUGUUGAAGUAAAACUUUUGGGUCUGAAGCAACGAGUAAUGAGUUUCAGUAUCAGCUAUCAGCCAUAUGUUCGUGUUGGCUCAUUGAAACUUGGUGAUGCUUGAUGAAA